AUUAUCAACGGUGCUCCAGCAUCUGGCGUCAUCCGGAAAAUAUGGGUCCAGCCAAUCAGCGGGAACUUUGCUCUUCAGGAAGGCCGUUCAUUGGUUGAUAAGUCAAAGCGUGUUCUGUUGUCGGUAUUGGCUAUUGUCGCUGUCAGUCAGGGCCGCUGUCGAACCUUCCCCCAUUCUUUGUCUGUGCAAGCCCUUGUUGUCUGGAGGAGCCCCGGAGCUGGAGCCGUGGAUUGGUCAGAGGGCAAAACCUACUGGACACUCUUAUUGGUCCGUCUGUCAGUGGGCGAUGCUGAUUGGUUGGACUGAGUAACCGAGUCCUAGUUGGCGGAUCUCUCCCCGGAUGGAAGCUCCGGCAGCGGAAUGAUGGUGGCAGCAGUGAAGAUGGGCCGGGCAGGGACCAUGGCGGUGGCGGCAGAGGUGGCAGGGGUGGGGCAGCUGGCGGUGGAGGAGGCUGUGGCCUUCAGGGGGUUGUAGGUGGAGGCAUGGCACGGGCCAGCAGCGGGAACGGGAGCGAAGAGGCCUGGGGGGCACUUCGGGCACCGCCACACCAGAGUCCGGCAGCGUCUUCUCUUGAGGGAGCAAUUUGGAGAAGAGCUGGAACCCAGACUCGCGCCCUGGAUGCCAUCCUUUAUCAUCCACAGCAAUCCCAUCUGCUUCAAGAGCUGUGCCCAGGAGUGAACAAUCAGCCCUACCUCUGUGAGAGUGGUCACUGCUGCGGAGAGACUGGCUGCUGCACUUACUACUAUGAGCUCUGGUGGUUCUGGCUGCUCUGGACUGUCCUCAUUCUCUUUAGCUGCUGUUGUGCCUUCCGCCACCGAAGAGCUAAACUGCGACUGCAACAACAACAGCGGCAGCGUGAGAUCAACUUGUUGGCUUACCAUGGGGCAUGCCAUGGGGCUGGCCCUGUCCCUACCAGUUCACUGCUUGACCUUCGCCUCCUCAACGCCUUCAAACCUCCAGCAUAUGAGGAUGUGGUUCAUCGCCCUGGCACACCGCCACCUCCUUACGUUAUGGCCCCAGGUCACCCCCUGACUGCAUCCAGUGAAUGCACCUGCUGUUCCUCUGCAUCCAGCUGCCCUGCCCACUGUGAGGGGACAAAUGUGGAAGGUGUUUCCGCCGACCAGAGCAGCUCUCCUCAUCAGGAGGGUGAACCCAGGGCAAGGUUGAGCCCAGUCCACACCCCUCCCUCCUGCCGCUAUCGUCGUCUGACUGGUGAUUCAGGUAUUGAGCUCUGUCCUUGUCCUGACUCCAGUGAAGGCGAACCAGUCAAGGAGAUGAGGGCUGGUACUACCCAACCACAUCUGGAGGACCAUUCCCUUUAUACAUUGCCCUCAGAUCCCAUGUCCCAGGUCUCUCCCCAGGGGCUGGCUUCCAGUUCCAGGCACAUCCCAUGAGUAGUUUUAGGAAGGACACUGGGCUACUUACCCACCAGCAACAGCCCUGGUCCCAACUCCAAUCCUCCAUUUGGGCCCAUUCCUACCCUCCUAGAAUCUGUCUAAAAAGGCUGGAGUCCUGAAGAAAGGGGCAGUACCAGGAACUGUGCUAGCUUUACUCACUCCCAAGACAUACACAGGAGCCUUUAAUCUCAUUAAAGAGAUGUGAACCAGCU